AUGCGUGAGAGUCUGUCUGUGAUUGGUCGCGUUUCGGAACUUUCAAAAAUCAACAUGAGUGAAUUACACAGUGUCAGUCGAUCUGCGUGCAACAGUAAAGGGAGCAUGAUUGUUGUUUCAAACAGAUUACCUUUUGUUUUGAAGAGGAAUGAGAAAACCGGUGUAUUAGAGCGAAAAGCCAGUGCUGGUGGACUGGUAACCGCGGUCGCGCCAGUGGUUAUACGCGGCAAUGGUAUUUGGGUGGGAUGGCCCGGCAUCCACUUGGAUAACCCAAGUGAGAGCAUUCCAGAAUCUGACCCCAACGAUAAGACGCCCACGGCUGGUCUACGAUCUAGUAAGAUUGUAGCCAUACAUGCAGAACCAAAGCUUUUCGACAGAUACUACAAUGGAUGCUGCAAUGGAACUUUCUGGCCUCUGUUCCACUCUAUGCCGGACCGAGCCACCUUCAUUGCUGACAACUGGCGAGCCUAUAUCAAGAUCAAUGAGGAGUUCGCGGAGAAAACCGUACACGCCUUAAAGUUACUGAAGGAAACCAAACAGAAGAAUGAUUCACCGCCCAUCGUCUGGGUACAUGAUUACCACCUUAUGCUGGCUGCCAACUGGAUUAGACAGCGUGCUGAAGAGGACGAGUUGAAAUGCAAACUGGCAUUCUUCCUUCACAUUCCAUUUCCGCCGUGGGACAUCUUCAGGCUGUUCCCAUGGUCUGAUGAAGUGCUACAAGGAAUACUUGGAUGCGACAUGGUCGGAUUCCAUAUUACGGACUAUUGCUUGAACUUCAUCGAUUGUUGCCAAAGAAAUCUGGGUUGUCGUGUUGACCGUAAGAACCUGCUGGUUGAAUUGGGAGGUCGGACAAUUUGUGUUAGACCACUCCCGAUCGGUGUGCCAUUCGACCGGUUUGUCACUCUGGCUCAGAACGCUAAACCAGUGCUGUCAACAAGCCAGAAAGUAAUUCUCGGUGUGGAUAGACUGGAUUACACCAAAGGUUUAGUUCAUAGGCUCAAAGCGUUUGAGAGGCUACUGCUAAAACAUCCGGAACAUAUAGAAAAAGUUGUGCUGCUUCAAAUUUCGGUGCCAUCGAGAACAGACGUUAAGGAGUAUCAGGAUUUGAAGGAGGAGAUGGAUCAGUUGGUUGGCAGGAUUAACGGAAGGUUCACGACGCCAAACUGGUCGCCAAUUAGGUAUAUCUACGGCUGCGUCGGGCAAGACGAGCUGGCUGCUUUCUACCGCGACGCAGCUGUUGCAUUGGUCACACCACUACGAGAUGGAAUGAACCUAGUAGCGAAGGAGUUCGUGGCGUGUCAAAUUAAUACACCUCCUGGUGUUCUGAUACUGUCUCCUUUUGCUGGUGCUGGAGAAAUGAUGCACGAAGCUCUCAUAUGUAACCCGUACGAGUUGGAUGAUGCAGCAGAAGUUAUUCAUAGAGCCUUAAUAAUGCCCGAAGACGAAAGAACAGUCCGUAUGAACCACCUGCGCCGAAGGGAACAAAUGAAUGACGUGGAUAGUUGGAUGAAGAGUUUCCUCAAAGCAAUGGACUCGCUUGAGGAAGAGACAGAUGAUAUUGGAGCUACCUCCAUGCAACCCGUCACUAUUGAUGACUUCGACGAGUAUCUCUCAAAAUACAUUGGUUACACCCAAAAGUUAGCUCUCUUAUUGGACUACGAUGGUACGUUGGCUCCUAUAGCGCCACAUCCCGAUCUGGCCACUCUCCCAUUGGAAACUAAGCAUACCCUGCAACGGCUGUCAAAUAUGUCGGAUGUCUACAUCGCCAUUAUAUCAGGCAGAAACGUCAAUAAUGUCAAAGAAAUGGUUGGAAUAGAAGGUAUAACAUAUGCUGGUAGCCAUGGUCUGGAGAUCUUACACCCCGAUGGCAGCAAGUUCGUGCACCCAAUGCCAAUGGAGUUACAAGAUAAGGUCGUCGACCUACUCAAAGCAUUGCAAGAACAGGUAUGUAGAGACGGUGCCUGGGUGGAGAACAAAGGUGCUCUGCUAACCUUCCAUUUCCGAGAGACGCCUGUGGCUAAACGUGCCGCUCUCGCAGAAACUGCGCGGAGACUUAUCACCUCUGCUGGCUUUACACCUGCUCCCGCGCACUGCGCUAUUGAGGCGAGGCCACCUGUACAGUGGAAUAAAGGUCGUGCAUCUAUUUACAUCCUGAGAACUGCAUUUGGUCUCGAUUGGAGUGAGAGGAUUCGUAUUAUUUACGCCGGUGAUGACGACACAGAUGAAGACGCAAUGCUGGCACUAAAAGGUAUGGCCGCAACAUUCCGUAUAGCAUCAUCGAACAUAAUAAAGACGUCCGCAGAACGUCGUUUGUCAUCCACAGACUCGGUACUGGCAAUGCUCAAAUGGGUUGAACGACAUUUCUCCAGACGUAAGCCCAGGGCAAACUCUCUCACAUAUAAAAGUGCCAGAUUAACUCGCGAUACACUUCAGAUGCAUGUUUCGUACCAACUUCCUGCUCGGUCUCCAAGACAUACUCCACCACGCACCCCUGAUAAGAUCUCUGAUAAAUCUAAUUCAAGUGGAUCAGAAUCCAGUUAA